CUGCGCCGUGCGUCAGGAGACCUCCAAGCGGCGCGCGUAAUUUAGAGCCUGCAGACUUCGCCCCUCCACGCCUGGACCUAGUGACGGUGAAUGUGACUGGAAGUCCACUGUGGUGUUUUUUGGGGUUCGUGGAUUUUUUGUGGUUCAAAAAGGGUUUUAUUUUUCCCCGAAACACCGUUUAUUUGAAUCGUAGCUAUGUCUAAGGGAGGUACCUUAAAGUUUUUGUCGGCGUGUCGCGUUAUGGCUUUGUACCUCACGCUCUUUGGAUACUUUGGGAAUGUAUAUUCUGGGACGGUUUUGGUGAACUCCAAUAACGCGAUCAAAAACCUGCCCGGCGGAGGGGCCAAACCCUCGGACGCGGUCAGUCCGAGUCCUGGCACCUCUCUUUCUGAAAGCAUUGUGCAGAAAGCACCCGUGGAAACGUUACAGCCGGGAGCGUGCACAGAGGAUGACGAGUGCGGAGCAGAUGAGUUCUGCAACGACGUCCGCGGUGCGUGCCUGCCCUGCCGAAAGAGCCGCAAGCGGUGCGGGCGCGACUCCAUGUGUUGUGCUGGAAACCGCUGUAGCAACGGAGUUUGUCAGGCCAACGACGUGUUGGACCCCCUCACGGAGAGUGUUUCGCGCAGACACAACAGCACCAUGGAGCACCAUGCCAAGAGACCCCCCCCUGCCAACGGUGGUCCGAACCAGUCUGUUAAAGGUCAGGAGGGAGACACGUGCCUGAGGUCGUCCGACUGCUCCGAGGGCUUCUGCUGCGCGCGCCACUUCUGGUCGCGCAUCUGCAAGCCGGUGCUGAGCGAGGGCCAGGUGUGCACGCGCCACCGCAGGAAGGGCGCCCACGGCCUGGAGCUCUUCCAGCGCUGCGACUGCGGAGAUGGGAUGGCCUGCCGGCCUGAGCGGGGUGGCGGGGGUGGGGCCGCCGAGAGGGAGCACGUGGCCCCCCCGGCGCCGGCGGCGGGGGCCGGCCGCACCGGCGCCCGGAACCUACACACCUGCCAGAGACGCUGAUGCUGAUGCUGACACACACACACACACACACACACACAUACGGCCAUGUAUAUUUAAACAGUUAAGACCUGUGCAGGUAGCCAUAGAGCGUACGUACGCACACACACAGACACACACAAACAGACACACACACACACUCACGCACACACUCACAGCCCGGAACCUACACACCUGCCAGAGACGCUGACACUCAAACACACACACACACACUCAUGUAAAUUUAAACAGCACUGACACACACAGGUACCCGCAGCACAUACACACACACACACACACCAACACACACACACAUAGCCUGGAACCUACCCACCUGCCAGAGAUGCUGACAAGCACACACACAUGUAUAUUAUGUGUGCGUGUGCAUGCACACUCACACAGAUGGGAACACACACGCAUAGCACACAUGCACUCACAUAUAUUUAAAAAGCUGACGCAUGUACUUAACACGCGCGCACACACACACACACACACACACACACACACACACACACACACACAGUAAUAUUCAAACAGCACAGACUCUGAUGUGCAGACACACACGGGACACACCCAUGGAGCCCAGAAGACACUGACGCUUCCAAAGAAAACAUGCUUACAUCCACCCGAGAUGCCUGCGCCCACAAACACACACACACACACACACAAACACACACACACACACAUUUAACAGACACUCAAAAACUCUUACAUCCACCAGAGAUGCCUACACACACACAUUUAAGCGACAUCGGACACCCCAGAACAAUCCUUCCUGGGCCAACUUGCUGACACAAGCACCCACGGCCUACACCCAGCACCCUGGGAGGACGGACACUGCACGCCUGCGAAAGGCGAUACACCCGGAGGGAAACGAGCCGAUCCGGUUCCCCCAAACCAACGGAUAACGGCGUCUGAAGUCGGAAGUCGGAAGGCGGCGGUGUCGGAAGCGAAAAGGAGAGUGACAUUUCAGCGGUCUCGGGGAAGACGAGACUGAUGCGGAUGUCAUCGGAAAUGGCGAAGCCGUUUUUUCUGUUUCUUUUUUUACGGAACUAAAUGCCUCGAAUGUCAC